AAGUUAAAGUCAAUUUUACUUAUAUAUAUAUUAUAUUAUAUUUAUAUAAUAUAAUAUAUAUAUAUAUAUAUUAUUUAUUGUUUCAUGUUUUAUGAGUUUUGUUUCAUUCACAUCUACAAUGAAACACUCUUCCACUUUCGCUCUUAUCUACAGUUGACCAUAAAACCACAAAUCAGUUACUUCUUUCUUUCACAGUUUUUUCCUCUUUUUUUGCCACACUUCCUCAUUGGCACAUUAAUUAAUUUCUCAUAUACAUUCACCAAUUGUGAUCUCUGCAUCAACAAUGAGUCUUAUAUAAAGCCAAGUUCUCUAUUGCGUUUCUGACACAAUCUCGCGUCAAUUUUUUGCUAUCAUGGAGACGUAUAAGAAACCUCUUGCUAUGAUCACACUCUCUUUUUUGUUUCUUGUUCUCUGUGAUGUAUCUCUGGGGAGAAAAGAGAAGCCCACGACAAACCAAAAGAGUACUUACAUAGUACAUGCUGCCAAAUCCCAAAUGCCAGAAAGCUUCGAUCAUCACUCGGCUUGGUUCGGAUCGACUUUGAAGUCGGCUUCGGACUCAGCAGAAAUGAUCUACACCUAUGACAAAGCUAUUCAUGGAUUCUCGACAAGGUUAACACCAGAGGAAGCCUGUUUGCUGCAAAGUAGAAAUGGGAUUUUAAAGGUGCUGCCAGAUGAAAUCUACAAGCUCCAUACAACUCGAACACCACUGUUCCUCGGGCUCGAUAAAAUCGCUGCAAGCACAUUCACCCAAUCCAACAUAGGAUGUAGUGACGUCAUCAUCGGAGUCAUAGACACAGGUGUUUGGCCUGAGAGCAAGAGCUUCGACGACACCGAGUACGGACCCAUCCCCAGCACUUGGAAAGGAAAAUGCGAGGUAGGUGCAAAUUUCACAGUCGCCAACUGCAACAAGAAACUGAUCGGAGCUAGGUUUUAUAAUAGUGGCUUCGUGGCCUCGAUGGGCCCAAUCGAUGAAUCCAUAGUUUCUCUCUCUCCGCGUGAUGAUAUAGGUCAUGGUAGCCACACUGCCAGCACUGCUGCAGGCUCUCCGGUGAAAAACGCGAGCCUCUUCGGUUAUGCCACCGGAACGGCACGUGGGAUGGCCCCACAUGCUAGAGUCGCCGUCUACAAGGCAUGCUGGAAGGAUAAUUGUUUUGUUUCUGACAUAGUGGCUGCGAUCGACCAAGCCAUAGCCGAUAAUGUGAAUGUCCUUUCCUUGUCGCUUGGAGGUGGACAAUCUGAUUAUUUCAGGGACAGCCUCGCAGUUGGAGCGUUUUCAGCAAUGGAGCAUGGAAUUGUUGUGUCUUGCUCUGCUGGGAACGCAGGUCCUAAACCUUUUUCUCUCACUAACGCUGCACCUUGGAUUAUGACUGUGGGAGCUGGCACACUUGAUAGAGAUUUCCCAGCAUAUGUAAGCCUCGGAAAUGGAAAAAACUAUACUGGUGUGUCCCUUUACAGCGGCAAAAAAUUUCCUGAUAAACCCGUGGCACUCACAUACGGGGAGAAUGCAAGCAUAGGAGGAGGGACACAAUUGAAUUCCCAGUUGUGUUUGCCAGGGAGUUUGUCACCACAAAAAGUCAAGGGAAAGAUCGUGGUGUGUGAUCGCGGAACAAAUAGUAGGGUGGAGAAAGCAGAGGUGGUGAAAUCUGUCGGCGGUUUGGGCAUGGUGUUGGCCAAUGGCGCGACUGAGGGGGAGGAGUUGACUGCCGAUUCAUUUGUUUUACCGGCGCUCUUGGUGGGCGCAAAAGCAGGCGAAGCCAUCAAGCAGUACUUGAUUUCUGAUCCAAAACCAACAACAACAAUUGUAUUUGAGGGGACAAAGGUCGGGAUCGAACCUUCCCCUGUCGUUGCAGCGUUCAGCUCCAGGGGCCCAAAUCCUGUCACCUCAGACACCUCACAAAUAUUGAAGCCUGAUUUGAUCGCGCCAGGUGUCAACAUCUUAGCUGCAUUUACCAGGAAUGCGGGUCCGAGUGCUCUGGAUUCAGAUGAAAGGCGCGUGGAUUUCAACAUCCUCUCGGGCACGUCCAUGUCAUGCCCUCACGUGAGUGGUAUUGCAGCUUUAAUUAAGUCAGCUCAUCCAGACUGGAGUCCGGCCGCGAUUCGGUCUGCGUUGAUGACAACAGCUUAUUCGACUUACAAGAAUGGUAAGCCAUUGCUGGACAGUGCAACUGGAAAACCAGGAACACCGUUUGAUUUUGGCGCAGGACAUGUAGACCCUGUCCCUGCACUUAAUCCAGGGCUUAUUUAUGAUUUGACGGUGGAUGAUUAUCUGAAUUUUCUCUGUUCGAUAGACUACACACCUGAAAUGAUUGAACUCAUCGCGAAAAGAAAAUACGUGUGUGACGGAAAGGCACACUACUUUAAUUACCCUUCAUUUGCAGUGAUUUUUGAUGCUGGUGAGAAUGGUACGCAGGUUAAGCAAAUGCGAACUCUCACCAAUGUGGGUGCUGCAGGAACAUACAAGGUAUCAGUUCAGACAACUAUCCCGGGUGUCAAGAUCAUAGUUGAACCGGAAGUGUUGAGUUUUGGAGUAAAUGAGAAAAAAUCCUAUACUGUUACAUUCACGGCACCAGGUGUGAAGCAACAGAAAACUCCAGGUUUUGGACGUUUGGAAUGGUCUAAUGGAAAGAACAUUGUUCGAAGUCCUAUCUUAUUUUAUUGGGAACAAUGAUUGAAAGCUCCAUGAAGCUUGACGACCAAAUUCACUUCACUAAUGAAGGAAGAGUCUCUUGGUUGGCUAAUGGUUAUGGUUAGAUAUACAAUAUUGCAUUUGAAUCUAUAUUAUAACAAAAGAUCAUGUACUUAUGUAGUUGGAGAUUAAUGAAAGGGGACUUUUUUCUUGCUCAUGUUUCAGCGUCCUACUCCUUUGAUAUAUGAUAAUCGCUUUCCUUUUAAUUAAUCAAUUUCCUGGAUAUAAUAAGUUUGACAGUGUUACUAUUGAAUUGUCAAAAGCCUCUAGAUAGCUGGCUCGGAGAUGAGUAAUUCCAUUUUGAGUAGUGGAAAUAAAAUGAAAGCACUAAGGUUCUAGUUUUUUUUUUGUUAAAUAAGGAUUUGUUUAAUACUCAAUGGAAAUGUUAUUUAUAUUUUGUUCA